UUCAUGAAUUUUGAAUUUAGAAGCCAAAGAGGCUCUCUCAACUGCUCUACUUCCCCCUUCUUCUGUUCCUUUUUUCAGUGAUCAAGUUGGUGCUACAUACUUGGUCUCUUCCUCUUCCUUGGCAUCCAUAGAUCCACACAGUCAAAGCUUGGUUACUUUCAAGGCUGGGAUAAUAAGUUUGGCAGCAGGACAUUCCAGUUUAAGCGAAUGGCUCCGCCCGCAGUGGUUAUAGACGAUCACUGUACAGUUGUUGAUAGGGAGAAGAAGGGAAAAAAGCGAAUUAAGUGCAAUUACUGUGGAAAGGAGGUAACUAACAGUUAUCGUCUUAAGAACCACUUGGCAGGAAUACGUAAAAACGUAUUACCUUGUGAUGAAGUUCCAGAGAAAGUGAAUGCGCAAAUGAAAACUGAGAUAAUGAACGCAGAUGUGAACACUAGGUCUAACAACCACUGUACUCUUGUUGAUAAGAAAAAAAAGCGAGUUAAGUGCAAUUACCGUGGAAAGGAGGUAAAUGAUCGUCAUCAUCUUAAGAACCACUUCGGCAGGAAUAGGUGAAAAGGUACUACCUUGUGAUGAAGUUCCAGAGAAAGUGAAGGCACAAAUGAAAAACGAGAUAAUGAGAAGAAAGAACGCAGAUGCGGACGCCAGCUCUAACGACCCCCGUAAGCAAAAUGGCAACCUUCAUGAGUCCAGUCAACCCAAUUUGUCAAAGAAGAGGAAGCACUGCGCUACAAUUGAGUCUGGAUCAAAAGAGAAAGAUGAGAUGGCGCAGAGUUUGAUUGACCCCAAACAGUUAAAUGCAGGGAAGAUUGAGAAAGUAGCUGAAGAUAGCUCAUCCAGGCAGAUCCAAAGGUGUACUGGCAGAUUCUUUUUCGAAAACGGUAUAGACUUUAGUGCUGCAAACUCGCCUUAUUUCCAGAAAAUGAUACAUGCUCUUAUGGGAUUUGGAUCCGUGGUGUAUAAGGUGCCCAGUUGUGAUGACCUCAAGGGGUGGAUUCUACAGGAAGAACUGAAAGCAUCACAAGAGCAUGUGCGAGAAAUUGUGCAUUCAUCGGGAAGCACUGGAUGUAGUAUAUUGUUGGAUGGGUGGACCGAUGGGAAAUGGAGGGAUUUUAUUAAUUUUGUGGUUGAUAGAUCACGGGGUCCCAUAUUUAUGAAGUCUGCCGGCGUGUCAGAUGCUAUAGGAGAUUUGGAUGCCAUGAUCGCAUUAUUAAGUGUAGUAUUGAGGAGGUUGGAGUUCAGAAUGUGGUUCAAAUUGUCUCAUACACUACUCUUGGUUCAGUUAACGUUGCGGGAAAAAGUUAACAGAGAAAUACGGGACUAUAUCUUGGACUGUUUGUGCAUCUCACUGCAUAGGCCUCAUCUUGGACAAAAUAGGGAUGUUGGACCCUUGGAGAGCUGUACUUGGUAAGGCAAAGGAUAUUAUCAAGUUCAUUUACAGUCAUGAGACAGUUUUGAAGCUUACAAGGAAACAUACUUCCGAGCUGGAUAUUGUCAGUUCCAGGAGGACUAGAUCGCUGACGCCAUUUCUAAUGUUGGAGAGAAUUGAGUCUCAAAAGAAGAAUUUGAAGAACAUGUUUAGUUCGUUAGAAUGGAAGAGCUCAAACUUAGCUUCAACAGCUGAUGGAAUGCAUGUGGCAGAUUUAGUCACUGGAGAGUCUUUCUGGACUGAAGCCCAGAUGCUUUUGAAGGGAAGUAUUCCACUCGUACGUGCUCUGCAUGUAAUUAGCAGAGGAGAUGGUAAACCCCAGUUGGGAUACAUUUAUGAAACAAUGAAACAAGUAAAGGAGCAAUUAAAAGAGGAGUAUAAAGACAAGGAAACCAAAUAUCAGCCUUUCUGGACAGUCAUUGACGGGAUUUGGAAUAACCAACUCCAUAAACCUAUCCAUUCGGUUGCCUACAUUUUAAAUCCGAGUCUCUUUUACUGUGUCGAUUUCAAUGAUGAUGCUGAGAUUAAGGACGGGCUUUCGCACUCCAUUGAGCGAAUGGUAGAGGAUAAACGUGUUCGAUAUUUGACAUUAUUACAGUUGGAUGACUAUAUGCAGUCUAGUGGUAAGUUUGGCGAUGAGAAUGCUGUUGAUCAAAGAAUGAGGAAUUCUCCAGAGAAGUGGUGGUCCUUGUAUGGAGGUGAAUGCCCUGAUUUGCAAACUUUCGCUAUAAGAAUUUUAAGUCAGACGUGUACUGGUGCCUUGAGAUAUGGUCUGAAAAGGAGUCUAUCUGAGCAGCUACAUAUGAACGGAAGGAAUUGCGUAGAGCAAAAACGGUUGAAUGACCUCACAUUUGUUCAUCACAAUCUUCGGUUGCAAAAUGCUGUAUCUAUUUCAAAGACAGAUUACAGAGAUAUAUUUCUUGAAGAGAUAGAUCAUCCAGUGGUUGAAUGGGUUGGUGGAGGAGACUUGAAAGAAUCAGUGGCUGAAUAGAUUGAGGUAUAUGAAUCUUUUGUAGGCAAAGCUUGUCAUAGUGCAUAUACAUAAUUAUUCUGUUAAUCUGAAUAUAUUGUGGCCAAGGAGUCACUCAAGGAGAUGCCACUCCUUGGCUUACCUUUUGUAUAUAAUAUUGCAGCAUCUGCAUUACUUUUUAAGUCUUGGUAUCGGUGUGAAUUUUUUGCUUUAAGCUUGAAUUAAGUUAGUUUACUUUUCACUCUCUUAUCUUAUAUAUAUUGUGAUUAUGAACGAUGAUAUGUUUAUCCAUGUU